CGUUGGGCGCGCGCGGGCUGGGCCGGGCGGCGGCGGCGGGACGAGCCCGGCGGCCGCGAAGGGCAGCGGGAACCGGCCCGUCACGGGGCCACCAUCCAGUGCUUCCCUCCCUCCUCCCGCCCUGCAGAGCCGGCCGGACCUGCGAUGCGGAUUGGUGCGGCGGGUGUCGCCUCCUGAGGCGGCGGGAGAAUGCGGCCGGCGGGCGGGGAGAUGGGGGCCGGCGACAAGGUAAUUCCUCCGGAAAAUGAGCAUUCUGAGCCAUGCAAAAAUGUACUGAAAACCCCUUUGAAACAAGCGUCUACCUCACAGUUGGUACUUACAGAGAGACAGCCUGACUGUCAGCCUCUAACCACACCCCCAAAACCGAAGGAAACCCCUCCAGCAGAUCCAUGGACACCUACUUCCAACCUGAAAAUGCUGAUUAGUGCAGCCAGUCCUGAGAUUAGGAGCAGAGAACAGAGAAGGCAACUGUCAGACAGUUCAAGUGAGGUCCUACAGACAAAACACUGUUUGCAGGAGCACUUAUUGGGGGAUGAAUAUGAAAAAUCUCAGCCAAGUCGCAAAGAGAAAAGUCUCGGUUUACUGUGUCAUAAAUUCUUAGCUCGGUAUCCUGAUUACCCCAGCCCUUCACAGAAAAGUUACAUUUGCCUUGAUGAAGUCACUGAAGAGCUACAUGUGGAGCGCAGGCGCAUCUAUGACAUUGUGAACGUGCUGGAGAGCCUGCACAUGGUGAGCCGCCUUGCCAGGAACAGAUACGUCUGGCACGGGCGCCACAACCUCCCCCAGACCCUGCAGGCCCUGAAAAAGGUCGGGGAAGAGAACAAAUACAUACAGCAAAUCCAGAUGAUCAAGAGAAGAGAGUAUGAGCAUGAAUUUGAUCCUGAUGGUGAAAGGAAUGAAGAAAUGGCAAGUUCUUUUGGCUCAAGUGAGCAGUCAGAAAUGUCUUUUGUCGAGCUCCCAGGAGUGGAAUUUCGUGCUGCAUCAGUGAAUGGCAGGAAAUACAAGUCCUUACGGGUGAUGAGUCAGAAAUUUGUGAUGCUGUUUCUUGUAUCAACACCUCAAAUAGUGAGCCUUGAAGUUGCUGCUAAAAUCCUGAUUGGAGAAGAUCAGUUAGAAGACUUAGAUAAAAGCAAGUUUAAAACCAAAAUUAGAAGACUUUAUGACAUAGCAAAUGUUCUCAGCAGCCUUAAGCUUAUCAAAAAAGUUCAUGUUACAGAGGAGAGAGGUAGAAAACCAGCAUUCAAGUGGACAGGACCUGAGGUCUUGCCAAAUACUCAGGAUAUAAAACUUGAAGUAAUUUCUACAACCUGUUCCCCACCUAUUUCAGAAUCCAUCACUUCCAAAGAGCAGUGCUCAAAAGCCCUUUUUUCUUCAAAAGGAAAGCAAAACUUCACUCGGCAUUCAUCUCUAAUAAAAUUAGUUAAGAGUAUAGAGAAUGACAGGAGGAAGAUCCAGUCUGCUCCAACCAGCCCAGUUAAAAUAAGUGCAAGUACUUAUCAAAGUUUACCAGUUUUCCCAAAUACAAUAGCUCAGUUUCCAGCAAUCACUAAACAUCAGCUGGAAGGACAAUCCAAGACAGCAGAAGAGAUGCAAAUGAAAUGUGCCCUGUCCUCGCCUGAGGCUGUCCCCAAGCCUGAGCCCUCUCAGCAGCCAGCUCUAAGCCAGCCCCUCGGAGUGUGUCCUGUGAGCCACAGCUCCGUGUCACCAGUCAUCCCACCUCAUCCUCAGUCUGGGAUUUCAUAUGCAAUCUAUGUGCACCCUUCCCAAGCCCACACGGUGACAACCUACAGCCCAGGCUUCAUGUUGCAGCCUCUGCCAUGUGCUAACGUAACUGGAAUUAAGAGUAAUAAUUCAAAAAUAUUAAAUAAAAUAACCAUUGAGGAAGGGGACACUCAGAGAGGUCUGGAUGAGCCUACAAAAUCCUUGGCAGCUGAAGAAAGACCUGAAACAAAAUCAGAAACUUCAUCUCAGCGGUUCCUUAAAAGAUCACAAGCACUACCGGAGAGUAAUUUAAUUAAAAGGCGUAAAAGUGAUGAGGAAAGCCUUGAUACUUUGGGAGAAUCCACUAAGAAUGAAAAACCACUUUCCAAUAGCUCACAAACGAAUCAUGAAAUGGACAAUGUCCAGAAAGAGAGACAGAAUGAAACCAACACAGUAGAGCAAAACAUGGCAAGUUGCUGUGACCAAUGUAAAAAAGAAAAUAUUCCAGAAGAUGAAGAUAAAAUCAAAACAAAACAAGACAUACCUGUGGCAUUUGCCAUUCCUGCUCCUGAGACUUUUUUUCCCUCUGGUUAUCUUAUUCCUCUGACUCACUGCACCCCUGGCAACAAGGUGGAGUGCUCCACUAAUGAGAAGGCUGGGGUGUGUUCUCUGCAGCACACAGCCUACAGCUCUCCCAUCACUGGUGUCAUUCCAAUGCCAGCCUCAGAACUGAAGACAUUCAAUAUUCCUGCUUUUCAUAUAACACCCUUGAACAUAAUGCUGUCACCAAAUUCCAUAG